CGACCGUAGUUCUCCUUUUCGCUGGAUCGGACCAAGAUGGUGGCGCCGAGGCGGGUUGCAUUGCUUUUGGCGAUGGCACAAGUGCUGCUGGGCUCGGGCGGGGCCACAGGGGAGCCAUGCCCAGAGCCGCAGGUGGUACCAUCCUACUAUACCACAUCGGAUGCUGUCAUCGCUGCCGAGAGUGUCUUUAUCGUUGAGAUCUCUUUGGCCUGCAAGAACGGUGCUCAGAAUGUGGCGCUCUAUGCAGAUGUCAAUGGCAAACAGUUCCCGGUGACAAGGGGCCAGGACAUUGGGCGCUACCAGGUGUCCUGGAGCACAGAGCACAAGCUUACCCGGUCAGGCACCUAUGAGGUGAAGUUCUUUGACGAAGAGUCAUACAGUGUCCUGCGCAAGGCCCAGCGCAACAAUGAGGAUGUGUCUAAGAUCCAGCCUCUCUUCACAGUCAAUGUGGAGCAUCGGGGUGCCUGGACAGGGCCCUGGGUGUCCAGCGAAGUGCUGGCGGCUGCCGUGGGACUCGUAGCUGGGUACCUCGCCCUCAGUGCACGCAGCCGCCUGCAGGCCUGACCACGCCUCCCCCCCAUCUGUCAAUAAAUGUCAGCCCUGCCCCCA